CUAAUUCUCAUCUGUUAGCUCCUCUAUUUGUCUCUCCUCCACAUUCCUUGAUUUCAUAAACUUUGCUUUAAUUAGUCGUCUCAACAUGCAUCUCAUGCUCAAAUUGUUGUGUGUAAAUUAAAUUGAGAUCCUUUAUCUUUUCCUCUUUGUGUGGAAGAAGCUGUAGAUUGAUUGCGCAAUAUAUAGCGAGCAAGUAUCGGUUUCUUUUCUCUUUUGCUCGAACGGCGAGCCAAAGGUGGAACGGCUUGGUUGGAAGGGACCGAUCAUGGAAUAAGGAAAUACUAUUCUUUCCCAGCACUUCAAGGACAAGUGAUCUACAGUACGGUGCAUACUAUUCUUUUCCUUCCUUUCCCUCCCUUUUCCCUCAUCUUCUUGCCUUGUUUGGUUAUUGUUCUCUUUGUCUACGUCGGCUCCUCCGGAGACGAAGGAGAGCUCAUAAAUUAAACUAAGAUGACAUGGUGCAACAACAACGAUGUCCAAACUCCAGCUGCUGCUGCUGCCCCUUCUGUUGGAAGGAGAUUGAACUCCAGUCUGAUCAAGACAUGUCCUUCUUGUGGCCAUCGCAUCCACCUUCAGGAGCAUCACCAGGGUGGUGGAAUCCAAGAGUUGCCGGGGUUGCCGGCCGGUGUAAAGUUUGACCCGACGGAUCAGGAGUUGCUGGAGCACUUGGAAGGGAAGACCCGGCCAGAGUUGCAGAGGUUUCAUCCUCUCGUCGACGACUUCAUCCCCACAAUUGAAGGAGAGGACGGCAUCUGCUACACCCACCCGCAGAAGCUUCCUGGGGUGAGCAGGGAUGGCAUUGUCCGUCACUUCUUCCACCGGCCGUCCAAGGCCUACACCACCGGCACUAGGAAGCGCAGAAAAGUCCUCAACGACCAGCACGGCUGCGAGACACGGUGGCACAAGACCGGAAAGACCCGGCCGGUACUCGUCGGCGGCAAUCUGAAGGGGUACAAGAAGAUCCUCGUCCUCUACACCAACUACGGCAAGCAACGGAAGCCGGAGAAGACCAACUGGGUGAUGCACCAGUACCACUUGGGCUCCGAGGAGGAAGAGAAGGAAGGGGAGCUCGUCGUGUCCAAGGUCUUCUAUCAAACACAACCGAGGCAAUGCGGAGCGGGCGGAGCCAAUAGAUCUCAUGCUCUGUUUCAAACAAGCAGCCUCAGUUCUGCAGGGGAUGAUCGUGGCAGCGGCAUCAGUAAUAAUAUUUGCUGCAAUUCUUCUGUUAUUGGAUCUUACAACCAGAGAAGAAGGGAAGAAAAUGGUCCGACGCACCUGGUGCCUAAGUUUUCAGUGCAUUCCAGUAGUGACCCUUCUCGCCUUCCUUGAAUUGUUAACUGUCAGUAUGUUGGUGAUGCAUGGACAUCGGCAUCGAGUACAAGUCUUUCAUUUGUUGUCUGAUUCUGAACAUGUUCAAGGCUUUAUUUUCAGCCCAAUGGUUAGGCCCUAUUUGAAACCGUGAUUCUUUUUUGGACUGUCA